AUGGCAAGUGAAAAGUGGGGUGCCCGGGAGUGGGAGUUCUGGAGGGGCCGCGGGAUGAGCAGUCCGAGAGCAGGCCUGACCACGCCCACACACGGGCACGCCCACACGCCAGGCCCCGCCCCUCCUGCCCGCAGCCCCCACCCCCCCGUCCGGCUCCUCAACACAAACUUUCCGUCCCGCUCUCUCCCUCCUCCGCGCCCGGCACCUCCCGCUCCGGCCCGGCUCAUUCCGGGCAUUCCGGCCAGCCCCCUGCCCACGACCCCCCUUCCCGGCCCCCCUCGCAGCUCCCUCGGGCCCGGCGGAGCGGCCCAGGCGCAGCGCCCCCCCGAGCUCGGAGCAGGCUCAGGCCAACCAGGGGGCUCAGGCCCAGAGCCCAGGGUAACCAGCACAAUAGCGUCCAACAGCUGGACCGCCAACAACAGUCCCGGGGAGGCCCGGGAGGAUGGGCCCGAGGGCCUGGACAAAGGACUGGACAACGAUGCGGAGGGGGUGUGGAGCCCGGACAUCGAGCAGAGCUUCCAAGAGGCCCUGGCCAUCUACCCGCCCUGCGGCCGGCGCAAGAUCAUCCUGUCGGACGAGGGCAAGAUGUACGGUCGAAAUGAGCUGAUUGCACGCUACAUCAAACUGAGGACUGGGAAGACAAGGACAAGAAAGCAGGUGUCCAGCCACAUACAGGUUCUAGCUCGGAAGAAAGUACGCGAGUACCAGGUUGGCAUCAAGGCCAUGAACUUGGACCAGGUCUCCAAGGACAAAGCACUCCAGAGCAUGGCUUCCAUGUCUUCAGCCCAGAUCGUCUCUGCCAGUGUACUGCAGAACAAGUUCAGCCCACCCUCGCCUCUACCCCAGGCUGUCUUCUCCACCUCCUCACGGUUCUGGAACAGCCCCCCUUUGCUGGGACAGCAGCCCGGACCCUCUCAGGACAUCAAGCCCUUUGCACAGCCCGCCUAUCCCAUCCAGCCACCCCUGCCACCGACGCUCAGCAGUUAUGAGCCCCUGGCCCCACUGCCCCCAGCCGCCGCCUCUGUGCCGGUGUGGCAGGACCGCACCAUCGCCUCCUCUCGGCUGCGGCUCCUCGAGUACUCUGCCUUCAUGGAGGUGCAGCGGGACCCUGACACGUACAGCAAACACCUGUUUGUGCACAUCGGCCAGACGAACCCUGCCUUCUCAGACCCACCCCUGGAGGCAGUGGAUGUACGCCAGAUCUAUGACAAGUUCCCUGAGAAAAAGGGGGGCCUGAAGGAGCUCUACGAGAAGGGGCCCCCAAACGCUUUCUUCCUUGUCAAGUUCUGGGCUGACCUUAACAGCACAGUGCAGGAGGGCCCGGGGGCCUUCUACGGGGUCAGCUCGCAAUACAGCUCAGCCGACAGCAUGACCAUCAGUGUCUCCACCAAGGUGUGCUCUUUUGGCAAGCAGGUGGUGGAGAAGGUGGAGACUGAGUAUGCCCGGCUGGAGAACGGCCGCUUCGUGUACCGCAUCCACCGCUCACCCAUGUGCGAGUACAUGAUCAACUUCAUCCACAAGCUGAAGCACCUGCCAGAGAAGUACAUGAUGAACAGCGUGCUGGAGAACUUCACCAUCCUGCAGGUGGUCACGAGUCGGGACUCCCAGGAGACCCUGCUGGUCAUUGCUUUUGUCUUCGAAGUCUCCACCAGUGAGCACGGAGCACAGCACCAUGUCUACAAGCUUGUCAAAGACUAGGAUGUCCUUGGUGCCCCCAAGGAUGCAAGAUGGACAUCUUCCACAUGCCCACUUGCCUGGUCUCCGGGGGUCUGGGUUGGGGACUAACCCACUCAUGGGCUUCAGACCAGUACCCAGGCCACCUCCCUGGUCCCCGCACACACCCCCUGCCACUGUUCUGUGCUUUACCGAGGGAGACAAGAGGGCUCAGUGGCGGGGCAGCCCACCUGGGUAUUGACCCACAGAUACCUGGCUCCACCUGGCCUCAGAGGUGGGGACAGAGUCAGUGCAUGGUCUCUGGCCCCUAGGGGACUCUGAUGGGCAGAUAGAGUGGAGACCCAGGGGGAGAGGCAGCCUGCAGAGGCCCCCGUAGGAGGUGUCAAGCUGGGGCUGGGUUGAAGAGGGGGGACCAGGCUUUUCUGUACCUUCUGGGUGCCAUCCUGUUGCCAGGCCCCUUACAUAGCAAAGCAAAUGUGGGUCUCGGUAUAUCAGAUGAAGUGCCAAGAUGGAGGCCCACAGAGGUGGGCAGAACGGGAGAGCGGGAGCCUGGUUUCAGCUACCUCCUCCAAGCAGGGCUGACCAUGGGGAGUGGGCUGUGCUGGCAUGAGGGGGCAGGUCUGCCCAAUCUCCAGCACAGCAGCUACAGGGAACCCUUUAAACACCCAAGACCCCUCAGGGGGCAGCAGGCCUCUGCAGACAGUCUGGGCUUGCAGAGCCCUUGGGUUCCACUCCCAGACUAACUGGGUGUCUCCCUGCUCUGGGCAGCUGUCCCUAGACCUGAUCCCCCUGCUGCCCUCUCCAUAUCCAGGUCCCCGAGGGCCAGCUGGCAUGCCCCCCCCCCCGGGUAUUUAUGAGUUUCAUAUGAAGUACUGUGCCUUCCUCACCCUGCCCGAGCUUUCUGAAGGUCCUCACCGUUAGCAUACUGCUCAGGCCACCUCCAAACCCCACCUAGGUUUUAUAACAUGUAUUAUAUAUAUUUUUGUGUAUUUUUUAAAAAUCCAGUUGUGAUGGGUUGUAUCAUAAAUGUGGCUCAGGGCUGGGGCCCCUCAAAGCCUGGCUCCUGCUCAAAAAAGAAAUAAAGUUAUUUCUGGUCAGGACAGUUGUUA